UGAAUCACCUGCUAUUGUACCUCUGAGUCUUAAGAUCAUCACUUUGGAGGAGAGAGCUCAACAUAGAAAAUUUGUGGGGGACACAAACAAGAACAUUAUAUAAUACAGUUUGGUGUCACAAAAGCCCAAAAUUAACAGCUUAGAAAUGGUAGUUUGUAAAGUAUGCCAAAAAAAAGCAGGAUACCAGUUUUUGUUUUGUUUAGAUUAAACAAACAAACAAAACCAACCAACCUCUGAGGCCAGGCAAGGUGGCCAACGCCUUUAAUCCCAGCACUGUGGAGGCAGAGGCAGGUGGACCUCUAAUGAAUUGAGGCCAGCCUGGUCUACAAUGUGAAUCCAGGACAGCCAGAGCUGAACAGACAAACCAUGUCUCAAAAAAUCAAGCCAAACCAACCAAGCAAAAACAACCUCUAAGUGUAAAGAUAGGAUCUUUAGGCUCUUUUAUAGUUUAGGAACAAACUGAGGCCUUAGUCAUAACUGGCUGCCACUUUGCUGUGUUCCAGGACCUGUUAGGUGUAGCUAAUUGUUUGUGUUGUCCUCAGCAUCUAGGUCUUUGCAGUACCUGGAUUGGAGCCCAACUCCUUCCCAAGCUAAAGUGGAGAGCUUUAUCUUUUGCUGCUGAUAGAGGACAUCCUCCCAGAGAUGCCCUCCUCGGAUGGCCACACAAGUGACAUCGUAGCAGAAAGAUACGUGGCUGAGUCUAAGGAGUCUGCAGCACAUGCUCCACUUGCCUGCACCACGCAGCACUGUGCUUUCCCUUUAGAUGGAAACCGUCUCUGUGUGUGGAGCCCCAAGGGCCCUUCUCACCAGCUUCUCACCUUGCAAGGACACCGUCAAUCGAUUACUGCUGUGGCUUUUGGAAAUCAAACAGAUCCACUUCGACUCUGUUCUGCAUCCCAGGAUUGUGUUAUAAUGUGGAGUGUGGACGAAUGCAGAGAGAAGACACUUCAAGGGCUGACUCCUCGGGGGACUGUCCUGGGCUCGAGGGACGAUCCUGGGCUCCUUUCACAGACAGUGCUGUGUUUGAGAUUUAGUCUGGACGAUCGCGCUAUUGCAGUGUGUGCUGGAAACAAAAUAUCUGUGAUGGAUGUGGAGAAGCAGUCUGUGCUGGUGGAGCUGCAGGGCCAUCAAGGCUCAGUGACAGCAGUGGAGUUCUGUCCCUGGCAAGCACACACUCUCAUCUCUGUGUCUGAAGACAGAAGCUUUAAGGUCUGGGACUAUCGUGUGGGAUCCUUGACAUACAGUUCAUGCAUUUUAACAGCCUACCCUCUCCUCAGUGUGCUUACCAGGGAGGAAAGUCCACAGCUUGUCACUGGCAGUGCUGACGGCCAGCUGUGGAUCUUUAGUCUGAUGGAGAGACAUCACUACCACUGUGUGGCACACGUGGACCUAAGGAAGGAAAGUAAGACAUUCUCCACCCGAAGAAGGAUGGCUGAAGACAGUCAGUACCACACCGUACAUGAGGUGGAUAAAGGGGGAGAGGCUGAAGCAACAUUCCCUGUCCUGAGCCUGGCGCACUGUGAUCUCUGCCUGCCGGAUGCCCAGUGUGGAGCUGUUUCUUCUGAGUACACCAGAUGCCUGUGGGUUGGAAGCUCAACAGCUUUAUUCAUAUUGAACCUGGCGAGCUUUGAAUUGGAGGCUGCUGUACAUUUCAAGGAAUUUCAGAGCCUGAGUAUACAAGUUGCUGGGUCCUGUGCAGUGAUGAGCGAGGCCACCAGCCCCAAGGCGCUUUGCAUACUCUCAUCUAUGUUUGGGAAUAAGAUUGCUGUGUUGGAAAUCAGCCUGGCUGCUCUGCUGAGCUCUCAGCAGAGUCCUGGUGCAGGAAGGAUGCUUUCCGUGCUGGCAAGCUGCUGUGUCCCACCAACUUCUCCACUGUAUUUUGGAAUUAUUAAGGAAAAAGGUCCUAAGCCUGCUACUACCAAACAGCAUGCCCUGAGGAGUGCCGUGGAGGACCGGCCCCUGGUUUUCCACACCAAAGUAAGGUCAUCUGGCUAUGCGUCAGCACCACAUAAGGAGUACUCUUUGGAGGAGUUCCUACCCAGAAAUCUCAGCAGGCAGGUUGCUGUGGCUCAGGAGCCUGUUGCUGUCGGCUGUCUGCAGUUCUCAGGGGAUGGACAGCGGCUGGCCUGUGGCUUAGCUAACCACCUGUCCCUGGUCUUUGAUGCCAGCCUUUCUGGAACACCUGCUGUCUUUUCAGGUCAUGACGGAGCUGUGAGCAGUGUGUGCUGGAGCCAUGACAUGAGGUGGCUGCUGUCCACAGGCCGAGACCGGACACUGAGGGUGUGGUCAGCUCACAGAACAGAGCUCAUGCUGCUGUUGGCUGCAGAUUCCUUGCCCAAGCCAGUAACAUGUGCACAGUUCUACUACUUGGAUACAUUCAUACUGUUGUCUUCUGGCCCUGAAUUUUGUCUGCUAAAGUACCACAUUGACCUCUGUAGGGAUGACAUACGGAGGUAUAAACCGAAAGGCAGAUGUAAGCCUGUCUUCAGGCUGGCGGUGAGCAGCGGGGCAGACGUGACCAGCCUCUCAGCAGUGAACGGCUUUUAUUCCCACAUCAUCCUCACAGCUGGCCGGGACCGAACUGUGGAGGUUUUCGACCUCAAUGCUGGCUGCAGUGCUGCUGUGAUAGCUGAAGUCCACUCACGGCCCAUCCAUCAGAUUUGUCAAAAUCAAGGAUCGUCGUUCACCGCCCAGCAGUCCUCAGCCUAUAAUCUUUUUCUGACCACAGCUGUUGGUGAUGGGGUUCGCCUGUGGGAUUUGAGAACCCUGAGGUGUGUGCGCCGCUUUGAAGGGCACCCAGCCCGCUGCUACCCUUGUGGAGUUGCCUUUAGUCCUUGUGGAAGGCUCAUGGCAUGUGGUGCAGAGGACAGACAUGCUUAUGUGUACGACACCAGCUCGAGCAGCUUUUUAUACCGUCUUGCAGGACACACAGAUACGGUUACUGCAGUGGCCUUCAACCCAGCUGCUCCUCAGCUUACCACAGCUACCUUGGAUGGGAAACUGCAGCUGUUUGUGGCUGAGUGACUGUUGACCUGCUGGAUUCCCUCCUCUUGAGAAAACCUCAUAGGACCAGUGGGCAUGACAGCCCUCCUGUACAGAUCAGUCUUCAAUAAAGAUGAACCAGUGUCUG